AUAGCUGUCUGGUAUGUGUCGGAGACUAGAGAGGUUGCAGUUACUGCUACCAAAGAGUGAAAAUUUGUAUCAGCUUCUAAUAAGCAUUUUCAUUGCAUUAUAUUUUGUUAGGGGAAGUAGAUCAAAGGUUCUUGUUUUCACUGUUUCAAGUCAAGAUUAAUUGAGUGUAUUUUUUUUUUUUUUUUUUUUUCUAGUCUGAAGAUUUUUUUAAAAAUCUGAAUGGUUUUUAAAAAUUCAUUUGCUAAAAGUUGAAGUUACCAUUGAUGAUUUGUUGAUAUUUUUCACAGUUUAAAGAACAUUGUUUAAACUUUAAAAAUUCAAGCAAAUGAAGGAGAAGAACAUUGCCAUGGGACAUGAUUGACAGGUAUAGUUGUAUUUUCAAGCUGCUGGAGGAUUGUAAUUGAGCAUUCUGAGCAAAUCAGUUUGAUGAGGAGAAGGUUUAUAUUUUGUUUGGUUUUCUACACUUUCUAGAUUGUUAAUGGUUUAGGUUGAUAUCUUCUUGUUCCAAUUACCUCUUAUGAAAUAAUAAAAGAAAUGUACUUUCAUCAGGGAGGCCGGGAUCUGGAGAAUGCAACUGCUAAUUUAUUACUGGAUAUAAGAAACUUGAUGGCUGAGUUUUAGGUUUGCACUUUACAGCAUACCUUAUGUGAAGGUAACUCUACAGCUGACUUUUUGGCUGCUUUGGGACACUACCCUCCACCAAGCACCAGCAUUUUGGACUCUCCACCAACUGGACUACGUGGACUGCGUUCUAUCCUGAUAGGGGAUUCUAUGGGGGUUAGGUUCCUCCGUUACUAGUUUUUCCUUGCUGUUAUUUUCUUAGUUUUCAUUGAUGUACCAAAAAAAAAAAAAGAUGUUUGUUCCAUACUUCCAUUAAAUCCAACAUUGGUGUUUAUGUUUUUACGGUUCUUAUUGCGAGG